AUGGCCAAGGACGCCAAAUUACUGGAGGGCGGGCUGACCGAGCGGAGUGACGCCCCUUUAAACCCGAAAGGCGGUGUCAAAAAGUCUCAGAAAAAGAAGUCACUGGGGCAGAAGAUUGGGGACAGUAUUUAUGGGCUGGUGCCGAUUUUGUACUGGUUGCCAAGGUAUAAGUGGAAAGAAUGGAUCCACGGCGAUGUGAUCGCAGGAUUAACUGUUGGUAUUAUGCAUGUACCACAAGGAAUGGCCUACGCUUCUUUGGCGUCCGUGCCACCAGUGGUCGGCAUGUAUUCUUCAUUUUUCACCUCAUUUGUAUAUAUGUUCUUUGGAACGGCUCGUCAUAUAUCUAUUGGUGUGUUUGCCGUGGCCUCAAUGAUGGUGGGUGCCUGUCGACUCCGUUUUGUACCUCAUCUUGAUGAAUUUGGUAAUCGCAUCAACGGGUCCGAGACUGGGCCUUUCGGCGAUUUGGGACCGGUGGAAUUGACGAGCACUUUGGCUUUAGCUGUUGGAAUUGCACAACUAGCAAUGGGAAUCUUCCGACUCGGUUUUUUAACAACCUACCUCUCCGAUCCGCUGGUCUCCGGUUUCACCACAGGAUCCGCCGCGCACGUCUUCAUGUCGCAACUCAACAAAGUCUUCGGGGUCAAACUGCCUCGGCAUGAGGGCAUUGGUAUGCUCGUCUUUAUGAUGCGUGACAUUGUGUUGUCCCUCGGUAAGACGAACCUGGUGGUACUUGGCGUAUCCGUCUUCGGACUUGUAUUCUUGCACCUCGGACGUGAAUAUGUUAACCCAAGGGUGAAGAAGGUGUCCAAGAUUCCAGUCCCGCUAGAGUUAAUUCUGGUGAUAAUCGGUGUUAUCGUAUCCUGGAGCUUGGGUCUUGCUGACAAUUAUGAUGUGAAGAUUGUAAACAAGAUUCCAAGAGGUUUCCCACCGCCAAAGUUGCCCCGCUUCGACAUCGUUCCCGCUCUAAUGAAAGACGCUAUUCCGACAGCCAUCGUCUGUUACAUGUUUGUGGUAUCCAUGGGGAAGCUGUUCGCCAAGAAGCACAAAUAUACAAUUGAUUCUACACAGGAAUUCAUUGCAACGGGUCUGAUGUCAACUCUAUCUUCAUUUUUCCCAGUAUACCCAGUUGGUGCAUCAUUGUCCCGCUCGGCAGUGUGCGAAAUGUCUGGAGCUCAUACUAUGCUCUACGUCGUCUUCUCGUCUUCUCUGCUAUUAACCGUGAUUUUAUUCCUCGGUCCAUUCUUGGAACCCCUACCAAUGUGCAUUCUUGCCUGCAUUGUCAUCAUCUCACUGAAAAGCCUUUUCGAACAGGCAAAAAUUCUGCCUUAUCUGUGGAAAGUGUCCCGGCUCGACUUUGCCGUGUGGCUAGUCUCCUGCCUGGCUACCGUAUUCACUGAUGUCACCACCGGACUUAUCAUAUCGAUUGUCUUCACUUUGCUGACAGUGGUCUUUAGAGAGCAAUGGCCUCGUGAUGAGACCAGCCAAGCCUUACUUGAGACGGGAAAACAAGAGGAUACCCCAGAGACACUUGGCCAAGUCCCCGACGACAUUGCUGUCUAUCGUUUUGAAUGCCCUCUUCACUUUGUCAACGUUGUCCGCUUCACCGACAAGCUCACCGAGCUUAUCGAAGAUGAAGAUGUGAACGCCGUGGUGGUUGACUGCUCUGCUAUGGCUUAUACCGACUCCAUGGGACUAGACGCUUUCAAAGACGGCUACCAGGAUGCCAAGAAGAUCAACAAGCCGGUGUACUAUGCAGGACUUAAUGGCUCAAUCCACGCGAUUCUGAAAAGUGUCGAUUUCUACUCAAAGGUGCCUGAAGCCCAAUUCACCUCUUCCAUCUCUGAAGCCGUCCACAAAAUCGUAUCCAAACGGGUCCUCGUAUCU